AUGGCGAGAAGCUGUCAUGACCUCGCUUUACUUAUCCUUAUGGGGAUUUUAUUAACACUGGUAAUUGCUAUUGACAAAACUGAAACAGAUUUGGAUGCCACUAGUAAACCUAUUCCACGUUUAAUGCAUGAAAAAGCCACGUUUUGUACAUCUGGCGCAGAACAGUAUCGGUAUAUAGUAAAAUGUAUCCCAGAUUCCAACAGUUUGGAUAAUUCAUGUGUCUUGAAUAAUACUGAAAUAGUGACUGAAGACGAUAUAGAUGAUAGCAUAGUUUUAUCAUUGAUGAAAGACUGCCGCGAUGCCUGUAAAACUGAUAACUCAAAAAAACCAGAACGUUCGUGUAGUAUAUCGCUUUAUUUGAACCAGGACACACUAUCAAGGGAGGAAAUUGCUGCUUACACAACUAAAAAGAUGGAAGAUUUGACUAGUGAACAUACCACGAAAUUGUAUGGACAUUUCAUGUCUUGUAAUUCUGGCAUAAAUCACUAUAUAGUAAUGUGUAACAUUACAUCUUCCAACAUUUUGAUUGAUUCAUGUGUCUUUCAAUAUAGUCAAGUGAUCACAGAUAAUAUAAAUGACAGAAUAGUUUCAUUAUUCAAGGAAGAAUGCUUUGCUGACUGUACACUGUAUAACGAUAUAUCACCACCUUCGUGUAUCAUAUUGUAUUUUAAAAACUUGACUCAGCCCACAGCAUUACCUCAAGCAUCCUCACCCUCAAAUGAUAUAUUGCACACUGACAGAGACCCUCAGUUUAGUACCACAUCGCCUAUUUCAAAUCAAACUGUGACAACACAAUCAGCUUCCACCCCCACUGGCAUUCAACAAAGAUCUACAAUGUCUUCUACAACAGACUCUACCCAUCACUCCACAGACUCUCAGAUUAGUACCACAUCGCCUACUUCAAAUGGCAUUACGACAACACAAUCAGCUUCCACCACCGCUGGCAUUCAACAAGAUUCUACAAUGUCUAAUUCUACAACAGUUACUACCUAUCUCUCCACAGACCCUCAGUUUAGUACCACAUCGCCUAUUUCAAAUCAAACUGUGACAACACAAUCAGCUUCCACCACUGCUGGCAUUCAACAAGAUUCUAUGAUGUCUUCUAAAACAGUUACUACCUAUCGCUCCACAGACCCUCAGUUUAGUACCACAUUGCCUAUUUCAAAUCAAACUGUGACAACACAAUCAGCUUCCACCACUGCUGGCAUUCAACAAGAUUUUAUGAUGUCUUCUAAAACAGUUACUACCUAUCGACCCACAGACCCUCAGUUUAGUACCACAUUGCCUAUUUCAAAUCAAACUGUGACAACACAAUCAGCUUCCACCACUGCUGGCAUUCAACAAGAUUCUAUGAUUUCUUCUAAAACAGUUACUACCUAUCGACCCACAGACCCUCAGUUUAGUACCACAUUGCCUAUUUCAAAUCAAACUGUGACAACACAAUCAGCUUCCACCCCCACUGGCAUUCAACAAAGAUCUACAAUGUCUUCUACAACAGACUCUACCCAUCACUCCACAGACUCUCAGAUUAGUACCACAUCGCCUACUUCAAAUGGCAUUUCGAAAAAAUCAGCUUUCAUCAAAACUGGCAUUCCAAAAGGUUCAAGUAAUCUGCAUCACCAUCAUUUAGAGCUUUCCCUUUUAAUUGUCAUCACAUGUAUUUUUAUAGUGGCAUUUAUUGUCAUGCUUUGCUUAUUCUUCUACUCAAGAAAAUCAAUGAGACCUCAGACUGAACAAAUUAUAAACAGGAUUGAUCAUAUCUUAUCUAAUAAUUGGCACUUCCAAAGUCCUUUUGAACCUAGUGAGUUUUCACUAAACAUGCAGAAUACACUGCAUCAUGAUAGCUACCUGGAUUUUAAUACAGCUAUGCAGUAUUUAGACAUGCAGGUUAAUGAGGUUAAUGUAAUAAAUCACUCAAACACCAAUAGUAGAAGUACCACCCACACCUACGAAGAAAUUGAUAAUUUUACAAGGCUUGAACCUGCAACAGAAACUGGUUUUUAA